AUGUAUAAUGGACUCAAAAAUCGUUUGGAGAUGUCGGAUCAAGAAUCUGGUGAGCUUUGAUUUUUGGAGAUUUUUUCUGAAAUCAAUUUUGAUUCUUAUGAGCCCAAUUUUUUUGGCACUUCUGACAUAAGCUUUUAGAGUUAGGCUGUUUCAGCUAGAACCCGAAUUUGUGUUGAUUGGUAUUUUUUAUUAGCUGAUGCUUUUUAUCGAAAAAUAUUUUAGCGUAAAAAUUGGGGAUAUAAAAAAACUGAUAAAGUACGUUUCAAAAUGUGAAUAUAUUUUUUUAUCUUUCGAAUUUUUGAUAAUUCUCUUGUUGAAACUCAAACAAAUUUUUAGAAAAAAAUAUAUAUUACCAAAAAUGAAUAUUUUCCAGCCAGUUCCUACAAAAAUUGUUCGAUUCAAUCUCAAACACUUCUCGCAAAACUUCGAAUAAUUUGGUUGGCAAAAAAUAAAAUGGAAGCGACAAUUCAAGUCAAAGAAAAUCAAUCGAGAACUCAAUUAAAAUUGAAAGACGGCGAAAUUUACGGGUUGAAAGACAAACAAAACAAGUGCCAAGAAAAAUUGGAAUAUUGCCAAAAAUCAACUGGAAAUUUGAAUGAAAAUGAUAUGGGAAAUCAGAAGGAAAAGGAUUUGCAAGCGAAAAAAGAAGAAAUUUUGAAAUUGAAGGAGGAAAUUAGGAAAAAUGAGGAGAAAUAUAGGGAAAAUAUUGAACAAAUGCAGGUAAAAUAAUAAUUUAUUAAUUUAAAAAAUUGAGAAGGAAAGCUUGCGGACUCGAAAAACAAAUUUAAAAUUCGAAAUUCAAGAUGCCCCAAAAAAAUCCACGUGACAAAAAUUUGAGAAUUCAAUUUUUCCCGCCAAAAAUCCACAUGGCAAGAGGAUCUACAGUAACCCAAUCAACUCUUGAACCUCAAAAUUCUAUGAAACCAUAUGAUAUUUUUUUGAUAUUCUAAAAUUUUACCCCGUGGAUCCCAACUCUAAAAUUUUCAAAUUUUGCCAAGUCAUAGCUUUUUUGUCAAAAAACCCUAGGACUUUUCAAAAUGAAAAAUCAAAAAAAAAUCAAAUCCGCAACCUUCCCUUUUUCAAAAAAAAAAACUACAAAGUCCUCAAAAUAACCAACUUUUGUUUGCAGAAAGAAAUCGCCGAAUAUCGAGAAACAAUCAAACAAUAUUCCGGGGUAAGUCUAUUUUUCUUUCUUUUUGCAAUUAUGUUUGAUACCCAUAAAAAGUCGAAGUUGUUGCCGAAUUUGUCGAAUUAA